AUUUAAUGCCGCUUUUCCCUAGUUCCAUUUUCGAUCAGGUUUAUUUCCACUUGCCUGAGUUCAACCACCUUUUCCCUUUGCACGUUUGUCAACAAAAAACCCAACGUGGAGCGAUUACGAUUGAAAACUGCAUUUUUGGGUUUUUGUUAUCAAUGUCUCACCUUGAAAUUUUAUCAUUAGAAGGUCUUCGAAAUGAUGGCCGAAGAUGGAACGAAAUGAGAAAUUUUUUUUGUCGUGUUGGUAUAGAGCCUUCUGAAAAUGGCUCUUCUUAUGUUCAACAUGGCAACACUCGAGUUAUGUGUAUUAUCAACGGACCUUCAGAGCCCGCGGUCAAAUCCAAAUCAAGGGCGGAUCGAGCCUUUGUAAAUGUAGAUAUCAAUAUUGCUCCUUUUAGUACAAUUGAUCGGAAACGGCGGUUCAAGUCGGAUCGAAGGAUCCAAUUGCAAUGUUUAGCAUUACAAAGGACGUUUGAGCAAGUGCUUCAAAUAGAGCUUUAUCCAAAAAGUCAAAUUUCUAUUAAUUUGCAUGUGCUGCAUGAUGAUGGUGCUGUUGUUGCAACAUGCAUGAACGCUGCUACGUUGGCACUCAUGGAUGCUGGUAUUCCCAUGACGGAUUAUGUCUGCUGUAGUACAGCAGGAAUUGUUGACUCUGAUAUCCUCUUGGAUUUGAAUUCUCUAGAAGAAUCAGAUUUGUCUUGGAUGACAGUUGCUGUUAUGGGAACAAAAAACAAAGUCACUUACUUGCAAUUAGAGACCAAAAUGCAUCUUGAUUAUUUGGACUCGGUAAUGAAUAUAGCCAUUGCAGGAGCUGAACAGAUAUAUCACAUGAUGCAAAGUGCCAUUCGACAAAGUGCAAAACCGUAUUUGGCCAAGCUCGUAUAAUUAGUGUAUGUGACGAUGAAUGUUACAAUGAAAAAAUAUCAAAGGAACUUACUACAACGAAUGCUGGUUGCUAUGUUGGAAUAGAGGAAUGGGAGAACUUUUAAACAGGUGAUGCAGUUUUUUUUCAUAACUUGAAGUUUUUCAAUUUACUUUUUUUUUGGUUUAGCAAAUUGGUUUAGCAAAUGGAUAUUAUGAAUUGAUUGUACUCGCAAAUACGAAUUAUUAUUGAAUACAUUAUAACGAUAGUUUUUUUCGGUAAAUGCUUUUAGAAUUAAG